AUGCCUUUUUACCAAUCCAUCAAAGAAAACACUCCCAGCGGCAAGCGCACGAUCGAAAAACUGCUCCUUCUCAAAGAAGCGCUCAACGAGAUCCCCAAAAAGACGCUCGACGAGACGCUCCUGCUUGCGACAUGGAACAUCCGUGACUUUGACAAGCCUGCUUAUGGCGAACGAUCAGACGAGGCGAUCUUCUAUCUCGCUGAGAUUGCUUCCCGCUUUGAUAUUAUCGCGAUCCAAGAGGUGUACAAAGAUCUUCGUGGGCUCAAAAGACUUUGCAAAGUUAUGGGAGGGUAUUGGAAGUACAUCACAACUGAUGUCACAGGAGGUACUCGUGGAAAUAACGAGCGGAUGACAUUUUUGUAUGACUCUCGAAAGGUGAAGUUUGGUGGAUUGGCAGGUGAGAUGGUGCUGCCACCGGUCAAGGCGGAAGACGGGACAAAGGUGCCUGCUGAGCAGGUGUGGCGCACUCCGUUUAUCUGUGGAUUUAAAUGUGGAUGGUCAAGAUUCAUGCUCUCAUCUGUGCACAUCCUUUGGGGAUCCGGAAAGAAGAAUGGGGGGACUGAACCAGAAGAUCGUGUGGCUGAGAUCCGGAAGGUUGCUCAGUUUUUGAAAAAACGGACGAAAGACAAGACGGCUUGGUCACGCAAUCUGAUCUUGCUUGGGGAUUUCAAUAUCUUUACAACAGAGGAAGACGGCACCGCGUUCAAUGAACUCCUUGAUGCGGGAUUCGAUAUCCCUCAGGAGCUCCGGACCUUUGCCACGAACGCUGGACGCAACCGUCAUUACGAUCAGAUCGCAUUUAAGAUUCAGAAAGACCGACUCGACUGGACGGGUAACUGCGGAGUCUUUGAUUUCUUUGAGCAUGUGUAUCGGGUCGAUGAAGAAAAAACCUACAUCAGCGAAAUGGGUGAACGCUACAAGAAGACCUCUAAGGGUAAGGCUCGCUCUGCAAAGCAGAAGACCACAUACUACAAGACCCAUUGGCGCACUCACCAAAUGUCCGAUCACUUACCGAUGUGGGUCGAGCUCAAGAUUGAUUUCUCGAAACGAUAUCUAGAACGCAAAGAGACAUCAUCGGUUUGA